GCCAACUGUAAUUGAGUUCACUUUUUCAAGAAGAAUCGCAUUAAAACCCGGCAUUUUCGGCCUGAUUCAAAUACUGGUCAGUGUUGCAGCUGCAACUGCAUGGGCAUUUCGAUUUCACAUUCAUCACCAACAUCGACUAUUUCUUCGUGGCGCCAUCUCGGUUCUCCGCUGGCUUUAACUCACCGCCGCCGCUUCACCAACACCAUCACCAUCACCACCACCACCACCACCACCACACACCGGUCUAGCGCUUGCUGCGACUCUCCACACACACCCGCCACAUGUCCUACGGCCUCGAUCUCACCAUGUUCGGGCCACUGGCGCCCGAGGCGACGGCGACAGACCAGGAUGCGAUGAAUGAGAAUAUGCUAGUCAAUAAUGAGACCGAAGCCCAAGGGGAAGGCAUCCCUCCAACGUCGACUCAUUUUACAGCCCAGUAUGCGCAAAUGGACGCGGUAGGCCCCAGUCAACCGUCACUCACGCCCGCGGAGGCCGCCCCUGCAGGAGUUCAGCCUGCUUCACUUGAGCGUGAAGAGCCACGUUCGCCGACUUCUGCGCCGACUUCUGCACCGUCUUCUGCGCCGACUUCUGCACCGUCUUCUGCGCCGACUUCUGCGACAACUUCUGCGCCAUCUUCAUACAAGCGCCAAUUCUCUCCUGCCACCUCUCGGUACAUCCUGAGCCGUCUCCACCAUGGAAGUGACAGAAAGCUGUCCUCAUCAGCACCUAACGCACGGAAAGACGAGCCUCCUGCACCUUCAAAGACUAGCGACGAACGUGCUCUGCACUGUCCCGUGGACUUGUCUACCCUGCCCCAGACGUUGCACUUGCCUGAUACCACGCACACGGCUUCCUCAAUAAUCGCACUGAGCCAACCGCCCUCCGCCGGAGCAAAGCGGAAGCGAGCAGUAGGGGACGAAGGCGCACGGAUGUCGUCGAAUCUUCCCGCCUACUCGGAACCCGAGAUUCUCAGGCGGCCAAUGCCCAGGCCGCCUUUGAAGAGGAAGCGGGCCAAGGGUGACGGCAACGGCCACCCGAUGUGCACGAACUGCAAGCGCACUUCUUACACCUCCGCCAACCGCAUCGUCCUCUGCUCUUGCGGCGAGGCCUGGCACCAACUCUGCCACAACCCUGAGAUCUCGGACGAAGUCGCCGCCGACCUGCGUCGGUUCCAGUGCCGCACCUGCGAGGUCGAGGAAAAGGAGCAUGCCAAGUACCAGCGCCAGCUUGCCCUGUAUCGUGAGGCGAAACAGGAGCAGGCGGAGUGGAAGAAGCAGCACAACGACAUUGAGCGGAGACGGGAGAAGCGCCUCGCUACGCUACCCAAGUUCCCCAAGGCGGAGAUCGUCGGCUUUGAGGCGGGCAACGCGAGUCCUGCGGAGAGACGAGAGUAUUUUGGGGAUCUGAUGCAGAGUGACCUAGUCAACUUGCUCAUUUUCAGCAAUGAACUCCAGCCGGGUCUCCUCGCAGACGUACUCGUUUCCAUCUCCAAAAAGCAUCCAGAACUUCCCAUCUUUGGGUCCCCCAACUGGGCGCAGCCGAAAGUCCCCCAACAAGAAGCUCAACGUCCCCGCCAAAACAACCCGGCGCGUCCCAAGGCCAGUAAGCAGCGCUCUAAGACGGGCGGCGUGCGCAAGAUCCUGAAGACGGCACCGGCAGAGGCCGCCGACCCGGCAGCUAACGAGGCGGACGACGACGACGCGCUACCCGAGUCGUGGCCCAAGGCCGGCCACGGCCUUUACGCGAAACUGAAGCCCGAGAAGGAGGACCCGUUCCUCUUCGACGACAAUGACGAGGAGGCGUUUAGCCACUUCAUGGUUGAUCCACGAGGGAAGCAGAUCAUGGAGCCGCUGGUAGGUUAGCGGCCCGCAGAGUCACGCGUCGCAGGGGAGGCGGCGGUGACCGAAGGGAGCACCGUCGAGGUGCCCGUAACUCAGCAGGGAGGACAGCAGGCUAUAGGAGAAUCGUCUUGCACCGUGGUGGCGAUCGAACAGAACACCACCGAGGUGCGGAAGAGGAAGACAAAACCACGAACAUCUAGCCGGAGCCAGCAGGCCGUCAUCGACAAGGACGUCUACGUUAUGUCGAAAGAGCUUGGAGGUUUGGAGCCGUGGUUUUGAGCUCGCCCGAAGAUACAGGACUUCCAGGUCAACGUUUCGGAAAGGCCUGGCACGAGGCGGCCUGGUUCCAGUUGUUGAAGUAUUCUAGACGCCGACAUGUCAUUUUUAGUUGAAUUGAUACCCGCAGCUCUGCUGCAACUAUCAAAACCUCCGCCACCAACGACAAUGCGGAUAUGAACAACACAUGGCGUUUAUGUAUUGGUUCCUCGUCGCCCGACUUUUAUGGAUAGACGAUCCGACCGGCACACUCCUGAGACAAGCGUGGAGAACCGACUUCUGAAUCACAACAGACGACGUUGGGUGUUCGCGCACACUUGCAUGUGCCCUGGAGAUGAAACCAUCGGACGUAGUUGAGCAGCUGGCUCACUCGCUGAGCCCAGGAGGCAGACAAAGACAAGGCGAACCCGCCAUCAGACGGAGGUGCCAUCCCAUGCGGCGCACCGCUGACUCGAUGGAAUAUUUGUC